GAUAAUCCCCGGGGGGAUGUGGUCGCGCCGGGCUCGCAGGGGCCGCGGGGGCGGACGGAGUCAUCUGCCGGGUGCCCCGACGCCAUGGUGGCUGCUGCGAAGGGAUCUGUGUGUGCAGGUUUUCAGAAGCAAAUGAUGGAGGGACAUUUACCAGACAUGCAGAGCACACUGGAGCCAGUCAGUCUGUCAGAUGAUGCCUCUUCCAAGUGUCUAGAUAAUGAGAAGUCUGAUAAAACAUCUGCAAUGAAGGACUGCUCAAACAUCAGUUACAGUGGAGAUGAUGCUGGUGUGCUGGAAAGGGAAUCAAGGUUGCUGCCCUCUAACCAGGAUUCAACAGCCGUUGACGUAAGCAGCAAUGGGGCUCUGGCAGGAAGAGAAGACCAGCAGUGCAGAGAGGAUGGUUGCUGUUCCAAUAGCUGCUCAGAAAGAAAGGUAGAAAGCUCCACAAAACCAGAACAUUUAUCUAGUGAAGAACUUCAAAGACAAGAUCCAAACCCCAGUCAGACAGAGCAGUCAUUAAUGGAAAUAUUAGAGGAGCUAAGCGAGGAGUCCGAGCUGGUGAAAAAAAACAGCAACAAAAUCUAUUCAGAGAGCCCUUACGACACAGACUGCACAAAGAAGCUCAUUUCCACAAUCCAUCAGACUUCCUCACAGGAGGAUUUGCUAAAGGAAAUAGAGUCUGAACUCCUCUCUCCAGAUUUUUCAAAGGAAGGAAAGUUCCCCAAUGGCGUGCGGAAGGGCGAGCAUGCCUUGGCCGUGUUCGAAAAGUGCGUGCAGGAGAAGUAUCUGGAGCAGGAGCAAACCAUCAAAAAAUUGAUUAAAGAAAAUAAAAAACAUCAGGAACUGAUCCUGGAUAUUUGCUCAGAGAAGGAUAACUUAAAAGAUGAGUUGAAAAAACGAACAGAAACAGAAAAGCAGCAUCUCAACAUCAUUAAACAGCUGGAAGCAAGAAUAGAAGAGCUGAAUAAAGAAGUGAAAGCUAGUAAAGACAAACUUUCAACUCAAGAUGCAGCAGCCAAAAAUGCUAUUCAGCAGUUGCACAAAGAGAUGGCCUUCCGGAUGGAACAGGCAAACAAGAAAUGUGAAGAAGCCCGGCAUGAAAAGGAAACGAUGGUGAUGAAGUACGUCCGAGGGGAGAAGGAGUCACUUGACCUCCGGAAGGAGAAGGAGAUACUUGAGAGGAGAGUGAGAGAUGCAAACAAAGAAAUAGAGAAGCAUGCUAAUAAAAUCAAACAACUUUCUCAGGAAAAAGGAAGAUUGCACCAGCUGUAUGAAACUAAGGACGGUGAAGCCACUCGACUCAGCAAAGAAAUAGAAAAACUCAAAGAAGAAAUCAAUUCUCAUGUUAUCAAAGUGAAAUGGGCUCAGAACAAAUUGAAAACAGAAAUGGACUCACACAAGGAGACCAAAGAUCGCCUCAAAGAUGCAAUGACAAAACUAACUGAAGCAAAAGAAGAAGCAGACCAGAUAAGGAAAAACUGUCAAGAAAUGAUAAAAACUUACCAAGAGUCAGAAGAAAUUAAAUCAAAUGAAUUGGAUGCAAAACUCCGAGUAACUAAAGGAGAACUAGAGAAACAAAUUCAGGAGAAGUCUGAUCACCUGGAGGUGCAUCAUGCGAAAAUAAAGGAGCUGGAAGACUUGAAGAGGACGUUUAAAGAAGGCAUGGAUGAGCUUCGGACACUGAGAACAAAGGUAAAAUGUCUUGAGGAUGAGCGUUUAAGAACAGAAGAUGAGUUAUCCAAGUACAAGGAAAUCAUUAACAGACAGAAAACUGAAAUUCAGAACUUGCUGGACAAAGUCAAAACUGUAGAUCAUCUGCAAGAUCAGCAUCAGAGAGAUGAGCAAGAAAUCAGUGCUUUAAAGGAAGAAGUUGAUGGUUUCAAUUCUCUAGUUGCUGAUCUCCAGAAGGACAUUGAAGGUAGUCGGAAAAGAGAAUCUGAGCUGUUGAUAUUCACUGAAAAAUUAACCAGUAAGAAUGCACAGCUUCAGUCUGAAAACAAUUCCUUACAGAGCCAGUUGGAUAAGCUUUCUUACAGUGAAAGAGAUCUGCAGAAUCAGCUGGAAUAUGUUCAACAGGCUAAAGAUGAUCUGGCCAUCAAGUUACAGAAGGAAGAAGAUGAGCGGAAGCUCGAGGUUGAGACGUUACAGGCUCAGCUAACUUCAGAGCAGAAGGAGCUAUCGGCACUGAAGACCUGUGUGGAUGAACUGAAAGAUGAACUGGCUACCCAGAAGCGCAAGCACGCAGCAAACCUGAAAGAUCUCACGAAACAACUGCAGCUAGCACGGCGGAAAUUGGAUCAGAUGGAAAAUGGUAAUUACGACAAAGAAGUCAGCAGCAUGGGGAGCCGUUCCAGUUCAUCAGGGUCCCUGAAUGCGCGCAGCAGCAACGAGGAUCGGUCGCCUGAGAACACAGGAUCUGCAGUAGCUGUGGAUAGCUUCCCAGAGGUGGACAAGUCUGUCUUGGUUGAGAGAAUACUGAGGCUACAGAAGGCACAUGCUCGCAAAAACGAGAAGAUGGAGUUUAUGGAGGAUCACAUUAAACAGCUGGUGGAGGAGAUCAGGAAGAAAACAAAAAUUAUUCAGAGUUACAUUCUGCGGGAGGAAGCUGGAACACUGUCAUCAGAGGCCUCUGACUUCAACAAAGUCCACUUGAGCAGGCGGGGUGGGAUUAUGGCAUCUCUGUAUACCUCGCAUCCCGCAGACAGCGGUCUCACCUUGGAGCUCUCCUUGGAGAUAAACAGGAAGCUGCAGGCUGUGUUAGAAGAUACAUUACUGAAAAACAUUACAUUAAAAGAAAACCUUCAAACUCUAGGAACAGAAAUAGAGCGGCUUAUCAAACACAAGCACGAACUGGAACAGAGAAUAAAGCAGACAUAACUGGAACCCUUAUGGAAUUACCAGCAUGGAGAGGUGAAGAAAAGGCAGGUCCUACAGACCACUGCUUUGGACGUUUUUCCUGACCUUUGCUUGCCUGCUAGUGCAAGCAUCAGGUGUUUUGCAUGGACAGCCUUUAACCAUCCAGGCUGUCCUUACUCGUGUGAGUAAGUGUGUGGCAUCAGUGUGGUUCUGUCUACCAGCCUGAGGGCUUGCUGAAUUUUACUACACACUAUGCUUGUCUAAAAUCUUGUGUUUGAAAUGGCAUGCAGAUGCCUCACAGUGCAUACUGUGGUUUGAGUGAGUUGCAGUGGGGUUUUCAUGUCUUCACUCUUAACAAUGGAUCUUGACAAAAACAAAGCUAAUUAUGUCUCAGUUGCUGUUGAACAUAUCAAGUGUUACAGAGCUUUAAGGGCUUUCAGGCAUAACUUCCUUUCCUGCAUUUUAUUUCUGAUGUUUAGGUUGGUUAUGCAUUUUUGAUGGACACAUGGAAAAAGGCUUUGUCACAAAAUUUGGUUGUGUUUUUUUAAGUGGUGGCCAUGGUGCUGCCUAUUUUCUGCUUCAGAUUGACAUUCGCCUGAUUUCUUUACUCAAAUGAAAUGAAACAACAGGAAAACUAAGGGAUCAAGAAACUUUCUGACUGCAGCUGUUGAGUACAUGGAGCUGAAGCAUGUCAUUUUAACAGUUCUGUAAGCCCUUGCUCUCUAGAUUUUUUGAUACCAGAUGAUUGGUAUAUAUACAGGUCUCUGGCCUUCUGCAUAACUGACAGCAUUUAACACAUGGGAGUGGGAGUUUCGACUGCCCAUUGCUAUGUAUGUACUGGUAGGCACUGUGGUUGCAUCUGUUUUCAGAUGAUCAGAAAAUCUGUUUUCAAAGACAAAUGGAAGGUAACUGAAUGUUCUCACUAGCUGUGGCUAGAACAGCUAGUGAAAGUACUAGUAGGAAAUGGGAGACUCAUUGAGGUGGGAUUUUAGUCCAUUGGUUGGACUGAGAAAGUGGCACAGAAAUCUGUGUGACUCCUUAGUUUUACUGUUGUGAAGAGCUAGUUGGUCAAAAUAGCACAAACCAAGAACUUACU